CGCGGUGAAUAUUGAUGAGGCGUGAUGCGCGGCGUGGUGUCGUGUCGCGCGGCGCGCCCGGCGAUUGGCCGUGUGCGUGUGUGCGCGGUGACGCGUGUCGCGGCGGUGCGGGUCCCGAUUGCUGCAGCCGCUUGUCAGUGUGACGAAGAUUGGCACCCAAGGUUUCUGUUGUCUACUUUGUACAUCAGUGGGAUCACUCUACUGGAACAAGAUAAUGUCAUUUUCAACCCACUGAAGGAAAGGGAUAGCAUCUUGUUCAGCUCUGCAAGCGCAUGACCCAGUACCAGAACUAGGAUCUGUUGUCUGUUCAUAUUUGUGGUUCUGAAGAUGCCUUUGCAUGUGUAAAAGGGCAGUCUCCCAAAGAGUGUCAGCUCCAUUUAAGCAUGAGAUAUUUGUUCGUACUUAUGAUGAUUUGACCUAAUUAACGUAUUACUAACCAUGAUGGCAACACAGACAUUAAGUAUAGACAACUAUCAAGAUGGACAACAGAUGCAAGUAGUAACAGAAUUAAAAACUGAACAAGAUACUGAUGCAGAAGGGGUGAGUCCUGCCCCGGUAGAAUCUCAGACUCCAAUGGAUGCAGACAAGCAGGCCAUUUACAGGCACCCACUAUUUCCCCUGUUAGCACUAUUAUUUGAAAAAUGUGAACAAUCUACACAAGGCUCAGAAGGCACAACUUCUGCUAGUUUUGAUGUAGAUAUUGAAAAUUUUGUAAGGAAGCAGGAGAAAGAAGGAAAACCUUUUUUCUGUGAAGAUCCAGAAACUGAUAAUUUGAUGGUAAAAGCAAUCCAGGUUCUACGUAUCCAUCUGCUUGAGCUAGAAAAGGUUAAUGAACUCUGCAAGGAUUUCUGUAGUCGUUACAUUGCCUGCCUGAAGACAAAAAUGAACAGUGAAACUCUAUUAAGUGGAGAGCCUGGAAGUCCUUAUUCACCUGUGCAAUCUCAGCAAAUUCCAAGUGCCAUUGCAGGCACACUCAGUCCCCAAGGGAUUAUGGUGCCAGCAUCAGCGUUGCAGCAGGGAAAUGUAACUAUGGCAACAGUAGCAGGAGGGACAGUGUAUCAGCCAGUCACUGUGGUCACUCCACAAGGUCAAGUGGUGACACAAGCAUUGUCACCUGGGACUAUUCGGAUCCAAAACUCUCAGCUUCAGUUGCAAUUAAACCAAGAUCUAGGCAUCUUGCAUCAAGAUGAUGGCUCAUCAAAAAAUAAAAGAGGAGUUCUUCCCAAGCACGCCACAAAUGUGAUGAGAUCUUGGCUUUUUCAGCACAUAGGGCAUCCAUAUCCAACAGAGGAUGAGAAGAAACAGAUUGCAGCACAAACAAAUCUGACACUACUCCAGGUUAACAACUGGUUUAUCAAUGCUAGAAGGCGAAUUCUUCAGCCAAUGCUGGAUUCCAGUUGUUCCGAAACUCCAAAAACAAAGAAGAAAACGGCUCAGAACCGACCAGUUCAGAGGUUCUGGCCUGACUCCAUUGCCUCAGGAGUUGCUCAGCAGCAAUCUAAUGAGCUUACAAUGUCAGAUGGUGCUGUUGUAACAAUUACAGCUCCAGUCAACAUGAAUGUAGACAGUCUCCAGUCUUUGUCAUCCGAUGGUGCUACUUUGGCUGUUCAGCAGGUUAUGAUGGCAGGGCAAAGUGAGGAUGAGUCUGUAGACAGCGGUGAAGAUGAUGGAGGCGAUCUCUCAACAACAAACAUCAGUGGGCUGGUCUUGGAUAACAGCGAUUCUUUGCAGUAGGAAGCAAGAGAGUGUGACAAAAUGUUUAGGAGAAAGAAUAAACUGACUGACUGACUUUUUAUAGUUUGCACAGCAAACAUUUUACACAAGUUUUAUUUCUAAUAUGUUUUAUAUGUAGAUAUAGAAGGGUGCACUUUUUUGUAUUUCAUAGUAAGCUUAAAGAGUGUUUUUGCAGGUGCAGCAACUUCUUUCAAAUGUUUUUUUUCUCUUCAUUUCUUUUUCUUAUUUCGUAAAAUUAUAUCUAGUAAUAUAAAGAACCACAUAAGCAACCCUUUGUUCUAUGAAUUAAAAGUGCUGUCAUUUCUAAAGAAUUAUGCAGUUUCAGUUAGUGCUGUUUUUUAACACAGCUUUUGAUGGGCAGAUGAUGUAAAUUUAAAGCAUGUGACACUAGUGUGUGGAACUUGAUCAUUAAGUUAGAUGCAUAUAUUUGAAAGAUGCUUCUGCACCUUAAAAACUGCUAGUCUGAGGUGGACAGCAACACACAUAAAAAGAAAAUGUUGAUGUGUGAUUCGGUAGCGAAUGUAUGGCAAUUUAAAUAAGUUUAGUUUCUCUCAUAAUCCGUGAGCCUGUUUAUCAUUUGCUAUGAAAACUCCUAUUUUUACCUUGCCGGGGUUAUUGGAUAAAAAAAAUAUUUUUAUAAAUUCACUAGGAAUUGGGAUGACGACUGUAUUAAGCAGGAGGUAAAAAAAAAAUUUCCAGAGGGGAAAAAUAAAUGUUUAGUAUUCCUAUUUGGAAGGUCUGAAAACUGACCCAAUUUAAUAAAUGAGCCUAUGCUAGCAUUCUAUGAUUGUCAGCUGUCCCACAAUGAUAUACUAUAUUUGAUAAUAGCAUAAGAAGGCCCCAGUGUUUGGUGGGAUUUUGAUAUUGUCAAACAUUGGUUUAUAUUAUGUGUAAACUAAUACUCAGAUUGCAUUAACUCUGUAUCUAGACUUGUAUCUGCAGAUACUUGCUAAAUGAGUAUUCAGGUAAGUAAAUUCAAAUACCCACAACUUUUCCAGUUUUAGAGCAAUUUAACAGUUUAUAGUUUGUACAUCUGAAUCUGAAAAAUGAAAAGGUGCCUACUAUACAGUCAUGAA